AUGCGCCCAACAAACAGACAAGAAGUCCUCGCCCGUUUGCGCAAGACCAUCGCAGAUGGCUCUAUCAUUGUCGGAGCUGGAGCUGGAAUUGGACUCUCCGCCAAAUUCAUCGAAAAGGGCGGAGCCGAUCUCAUUCUAGUCUACAACUCGGGCCGAUUCCGCAUGGCCGGCCGAGGCUCUCUAGCAGGCAUGAUGCCCUGCUCCGACGCCAACGCGGUGGUCGUCGAGAUGGCCUCCGAAGUCCUCCCGAUCGUCGAGAACACGCCCGUUCUCGCAGGAGUGUGCGGUACCGACCCCUUCCGCAACAUGAGCGCGUUCCUCACGCAGCUCCGCACGUUGGGCUUCGUGGGCGUGCAGAACUUCCCCACGGUGGGGCUGAUCGACGGCAAGUUCCGGGCGAACCUGGAGGAGACGGGCAUGGGCUACGACCGCGAGGUGGAGAUGAUCCGGCUGGCGCACGAGAUGGACCUCGUCACCACACCGUACGUCUUCAACGUCGACGAGGGCGAGCGCAUGGCGCGCGCCGGCGCGGACGUCAUCGUCGUGCACCUCGGCCUGACCACCUCCGGCACCAUCGGCGCGCAGACUGCGCUAUCGCUGGAUGAUUGCGUCGGCAUCAUCCAGGAGGUCCGCGAUGCCGUCGUCCGCAUUAACCCCGAGGUUAUCGUGCUGUGCCAUGGUGGUCCUGUGGCUGGGCCUGACGAUGCGCAGUAUGUGCUGCAGCGUGUGAAGGGCGUUCAUGGGUUCUUUGGCGCUAGUAGUAUGGAGCGAUUGCCUGUGGAGAAGGCCAUUGAGGAGAAUGCGAGGGCGUUUAAGGGGGUGAAGCUUGGUUGA